UAUUUUAAAGAAAGAGAGAUAAUAAAGAGCGGACCACAAAGGAAUUUUAGAGCUCGAAAGCCAAAAUCCAAAGCCUCCAUUUCCAUCUCUCAAUUCCUUUUCCAUUACCUCUCUCUCUUCCUCUGAUUUGCAGAGAGAAUCCAAAGGACGCAGAACCCCAACAUCAGAAACACCACAGUUUUUCAUUUUUUUUGUCUGCAAGAACAGAAAGACAAUACAAACACACCCAGUUCGUUAAGUUUUUUUUCCCCUUUCAAAUAUUCCAAUCAACGCCUUAUUUCUUCUCUUAUCCAUUAUUAAGAACUGUGGGAUUCUUUUAUUUUAUUUUUUGACUAGGAAAGAGAAGGAAGGAAGAAACAUCGGAUCGGAUUGGAAUUGUGAAAUUUCGGGCUUUAAAUUGGUUGCAUCUUAGAGAGAUAUGUUGGAGGAUCGCUCCUUUCUAGCGUCGAGGGUGUUCUCAAGCUCUUGCCAGCAAGAAACUCAGUGGGCUUGCUUUAAUUUAACAUAUCGACUCGAGGUUGGAAUGGGAAAUGGGAAACGCCCAUCAGAUCAUGAUGGAGAUGAGUUUGUUAGAACCUCUAGUUCUUAUGGUAGAAACGUCAGACCUCGAUCUUCGAGGAAUCAUCAUCCAAAUGAUGAGUCCGAUUCUGGGGAUAGUUCUGAUUCCGGCUCUUUAAUCUCUCCCAUUGGUCGGGACAACUCUAUUAAUUGCUUAAUUCGCUGCUCCAGGUCUGAUUAUGGUUCUAUUGCUUCCUUGAAUCGAAGUUUCCGUUCAUUAAUUCGUAGUGGCGAGCUUUACAAGCUGCGGCGUUUGAACGGCGUGAUCGAGCACUGGGUUUACUUCUCUUGCCAUCUUCUGGAAUGGGAAGCUUUUGAUCCAAUUCAACGCAGGUGGAUGCAUUUGCCAAGGAUGGAUUCGAAUGAAUGUUUCAUGUGCUCGGAUAAGGAGUCCUUGGGAGUGGGAACUGACCUUCUUGUUUUUGGUAAGGAUUUAAACUCCCAUGUCACUUAUAGAUAUAGUAUAUUGACAAAUUCCUGGUGUCCUGGAGUUAGUAUGAAUGAUCCCAGAUGCUUGUUUGGGUCUGCUAGUAAAGGGGAGAUAGCAAUUUUAGCUGGUGGUUGUGAUUCUAAUGGCAACAUUCUUAACACUGCUGAGCUUUACAAUUCCGAGACUAAAACAUGGGUGACGCUUCCAAAUAUGACUAAACCAAGGAAGCUUUGUUCUGGGGUUUUCAUGGACAAGAAAUUCUAUGUUAUUGGUGGAGUUGGAGGAAGUGAGGCUAAGGUUCUUACAUGUGGUGAAGAGUACGAUUUAGAAACUCGAAAAUGGACUGAAAUUCCCAACAUGUCGCCUGGUCGUAGUGCUGCAGCUAGGGACAGUGACAUGCCAGCUGCAGCCGAAGCACCGCCUCUUCUUGCUGUGGUGAACAAUGAACUCUAUGCUGCAGAUCACACUGAUAUGGAGGUUAGGAAAUAUGAUAAACAAAGAAGAGAAUGGUUUACAGUUGGGAGGUUGCCUGAACGAGCAGUUUCAACUAAUGGUUGGGGGCUUGCAUUUAGAGCUUGUGGAGAUAGGCUUAUUGUUAUUGGUGGACCAAGGGCCAUGGGGGAAGGUUAUAUAGAACUCAAUUCAUGGGUUCCAAGUGAAGGACCUCCAAGGUGGGAUUUGCUUGCAAGGAAACCAUCUGCAAAUUUUGUGUAUAACUGUGCUGUGAUGGGAUGCUGAAACUUUAAAAAAAAAAAAAAAAGACAAAAAAAAAAACAAAAAACCAACGUGUUCUGCUAUGCUCUCCAAUUGAUGGUGUCUCCCACUUCAACUUGCAGAUGAAUUGCUCAAGAUGGGUUUGUUUUCUUUCUUCUACACAUGAUUUUAGCUGAUGAGUUAUUUCCCAUACUCUCUUCAGAUAUUUUCAACCACUGCGCAGGGAGGCGUGGGGAGGAAUCGAUUUUACUCAAGAUUUUAUAGAAAACUUUCCAUGGAAGGCGAUCUUAAAAGGAAAAAAAUUAUAUAUAUAUCAUUUAUUCUCUCUCAAAAGACUCAUUUUUAUUGCUUCUUCCAUUGAUAUUGCAUCCUCCUUCCCCCCAAUUAUUGGCUUGAGAUAUUACAAAGAUUGAUUUCUUGUUAGGACAGUUAUCAUAGUUCCCAAUAAUUCAGUACAAUAGAAAUUCAUAGCUCACUGAGUUACUGUUUUCCUGAAGCUUUUAUGAGUAAACAUGACUCUACUUUUCUGCACUCCAUGAACAUUACCAUUGACCUUUUGAUCAUAUGUGUCUUCAUGAAAUGAAAUAAGUUAGAGGUGGUGACUUCUUUGCA